AUGUCGACCGUCCUAUCUACGCUCCAGGCAGGGGGCCUAGGCGAGCUACUGUCAGCCCUGGGUUCACUAGCGACAUGGAAAACUCUGGCCUUGAUCUUGGCCAUCAUCAACCUCAAGAACCUCCCAUUCAUUUGGCAUCUCCGUAUCCUGUACCAUUGCUUGUUCAACCUAAGACUGAAGCCUAGUGCUCCAUUCUGGCCCAAGGGAAAGGCCAUUGUUGAUGCACAAGGCAAGCCCAUACAUCCAGUCUUUAGGUCAUGUUGGAUCACGUCGCGCACUCCGCUGCUGGAGACUGACUAUAACUUGCACAAAUCCAACAGCACCUACUUUACAGACCUCGAUGUGUCGCGUACGGCACUCGUGACCCGCCUGUAUAGUCCUGGCGUCGGCCUCGUCAGUAAAGAGCUGGAUAAGGAGUUCCUGGAAGCCAGCAAGAAAGAGGGCAAGCGCGCACCCAAGCGCAAGCCGGUCAGUAUCGUGCUUGGAUCUGUAUAUUGCAGCUUCAAGCGCGAGAUUAAGCCCUAUGAGCUGUACGAGGUGCAUUCCAAGGUGAUCUCUUGGGAUAAGAAGUGGAUGUACAUCCUGUCUUCUUUCGUGCGCCCGGCUAAGCAAUCCGGCGGCGAGAAGACGUUGCUGGCUACGGCUAUUAGCAAGUACGUCGUGAAGAAAGGGCGUUUGACAGUUGCGCCGGAGCGCAUUCUGCGCUUAGGCGGUUUCCUACCCACUCGACCCGUCGAGAGCCAGACUGUCGGCGCGGUAGACUCAUCAACCGAAGCCUCGGCAAUCGGCACUCCUGCUAGUGUCGAAGGAAUCACAGCUACUGGUGGUGUGGAUAGCUCUCUUGUGCGGGAGGUCCUGAAGUUGAACGAUAGCCAGAUUCCUAGCCGCGAGGUUCUCGAGGAGCAACAGAAGGCCAACUUGGACUCAUGGAGCACCGAGGAAUGGACGUGGGAGCAUAUCGAGCAGGAGCGGUUACGGGGGCUGGCAGUUGUUGAUGGAUAUAUCAACUUGGAUGAGCAUCUAAAUGGGGAGUGGGCAUAG